CAUUUUCAGUUCUGCCUCGUCCAGUGCCAUGCAGCCCUGCUCCGCAGCCGAUCUCCACGCGUUCUUGGCGUCCUCCAACCCCGACCGGCCUCUUUUGUGUCCCGAGCCUAUUUCGCUUGGGAACAACCUUGUGCUUCGGCGUGCGACGCCCGCCGACCAGCACGCGCUCGUCACCUUCAACGGCACGGCCCACGGGCACAUGACCAAAUUUGGCGGCUGGACCAAAGACCGGUUCCAAGCCCAGGACGGGUCGGGCAUCUUGCCUCCGAAAGCCGGCCCCGAGUCCUUUACCAUCAUUGUCGACACGUCCAAGAACGACCUUAUCGUCUCGUCGUGCCAGUCGAUUCCGCAAGUGUGGUGCUACGGUAUCCCAAACAAGCGCGACGCGUCGUCGUCGUUGCACGUACCGCUCACUGUCGUGCGCCCGGAAGCAAUCGGGACGCUGGAAGCGUACCGUGGGCGCGGGCUCAUUGCCGAGCAUUUCAAGGUGCACCACGCGUGGGCCGCCGCGCUGAGCUCGGAGCUGCAGUUCAUCGGCGGGAUCCCGAGCUACUACACUCGCUUCGGCUACGAGCUCUGCCCCCGGCGCGGUGUUAGCUACACCGGGCACGUCGCAACGAUUCCGCCGCUGCGCACCGAGGCCGAGCCCGUGCGCUUCCGCAAGGCGACAGCGGCCGACGUUCCGUUUCUAGAUCGCGUCGCGCGGGCCGCGUCGCUGGCGCGCGAAGGCAUCUACUCGGACGCGGACGCUGCGCAGUGGCGCUUCCUCGUCUCGGAGCUCUGGACCGGUAGCUACGGCACGCGGCCAUUUUACAUCAUCGAGACCAACGACAACGCGUCGCAUCCGAUCGGGUUUGUGCGCCUCAACCUCCACAAGACAGUGACACGGUUCGAGCUCGACGAGGCGUCCAACGUACCCCGGAAGCUCUCGUGGGCGGACGUGACGCCAUCGCUGCUUCGGUGGCUCCCGCACAACUACCUUAACAACUGCGUUCCGUUCGAGCACCUCGUCGAGACGCUUGAAGCGCAGGCGACGGGCGGCGACGCGAUCGCACCAUUGACGCAAGAGCUUCCCAGUAACUGGAGUUUCACGCUAGAGCUCGGGGGGUGCCACCCAGGGCUGCGCGCGGUGCCGUCGUCGUACGUCCCGAUCCAGACGCCGUCGGGCCACUGGUACACGCGCAUUCCGUCGUGGACAGCGUUUCUGCGGGCGAUUGCCCCGGUCCUUGAGCACCGGCUGGCGUCGGACGCUGCGUUCUACGCCGUCUCUCGUACGAUCGUCUUGCACAAGGCGUACCGAGUGGUGGGUGGCGGCACGCGGCUGCGCAUCGAGUGUGGGCGCGUGUCGGCGAUCGAUGACAUUCCCCGGGGGGUGUCUGAAAACGACUUGGUGAGAGCCGAGCCCGAUGCCGACCGCGUCUUGCUACCCGGCACGGUUGCGUGCAGCUUGUUUUUGGGCCACCGGACGCUCUCGGAGCUUCUGCACCAGCAGCACCAAGUGCACGUGAGCGCGCCGCACGUGCCGACGCUUGUCGACGUUCUCUUUCCGCGCAUGGCCAACGACGAGAUUCAUGGACUACAAUAGUGUAGUACUUGUCGUUCCCGUUCGUGACAACUUGUGCAUGGCAUCUCCAUAUUUGAAUAACAUUGUUCUAUUUCUGGA